AUGUAUGGGUUACGUUUGGUCGUGUUUUUUGUUUUUUAUUUAACUCUCGCUCAAUCUUCGUUACGAAAAGAUCAAGAAUAUUGGAAACAACUCAGUACAAAUGAACUAGAAGAGGCUUUAGCAGUAAAAUGGAAUCUCGGCGAAGCAAAAAACGUGAUACUUUUCGUAGGAGACGGCAUGGGACCUAACACUGUUACAGCCACGAGGAUUCUUAAAGGGGGAGAGGGACAUAGGCUGACGUAUGAAAAGUUCCCGCAUAUUGGGCUUUUGAAGACAUAUUCAGCAAACAAGAUGGUUCCCGAUUCAACAUCCACGGCUACCGCUCUGUUCUGUGGUGUUAAAGUGAACUUUUACACUAUGGGAGUAGACGCGAGUGUUGAAUACAAGGAUUGUAAUGCGUCUUUGAAGCCUGAAGCUAGGCUGGAUUCGCUGGCUGCGCUUGCUUUGAAGGCGGGGAAGAGUGCAGGUUUCGUAACAACAAUGCGCGUGACGCACGCGACGCCCGGCCCACUGUACGCGCACAGCGCGAGCCGCCUGUGGGAGUGCGACAGCGCUUUGCCCCGCGACUCCGCUUGCAAGGACGUUGGCAGGCAGCUGGUGGAGGACUGGCCGGGGCGCGACUUGCAUGUAAUUCUAGGAGGUGGUCGUCAAGGUCUCGUAGCAAAUGCAACAGAUAGACCCAUGGAUCCCAUCAGCUCAUGGGGAUGCAGUAGAUCUGAUGGGAGAGAUCUCAUUAAUCAAUACAAGAGAGAUAAGGAGGCGAGAGGACUGAAAUAUAGCGUUAUUACGAAUGCUGCUGAGUUGAAGAAUAUUGAUGAAAAUAGUGAUUAUUUGCUAGGAAUAUUCUCCAACGCUCACAUGCCGUAUGAGUUCGAAAGGAACAAAGAACCACAGGGCCCGCCCUCUAUCGUACAGAUGACAGAAGCUGCAAUCAAAGUGCUAAAGAAGAACAAAAAUGGAUUCUUUUUAAUGGUUGAAGGUGGUAAUAUAGACAUGGCCCACCACCGCGGCAGAGCUAGGACGGCGGUAGACGAGUCACUCGCUAUGGAAGAAGCGGUGUCUAUAGCCGUUAAUAUGACCAGUGAGAAAGAUACCUUGAUUGUGGUCACUUCGGACCAUACCCAUACAUUGUCUAUUAACGGUUACCCAGAACGAGGGUCGGAUAUAUUUGGCACAACAGGCCCCUCAAAAUACGAUGGUCUAAACUACACGACCCUCACAUACGGUGUCGGAGGUCCAGGGUCCAACAAACUGAAGGUCCAGACUGACCCGACCAGGAUAGUCAGGACCGACCCGGCUACUGAAGACACGACCAGCUUUAUGUAUGAACAAGCUGCUGCUAUAACAAAUGACGAAAAUAUUCAUGGUGGCGGUGAUGUCGCUGUUUAUGCUAGAGGACCCCACGCUCAUCUAUUCCAUAACGUUCACGAACAGCAUUACGUCUUCCACGCUAUAUCUUACGCGGCAAAAAUUGGCGUGUAUUCAAAAGCGACAACACAAUAUAAUAAUAUUUCUGUGUGUUUAUUAACUUUGGUAUUAGGUUUCAUGUUUAGAAUAAUAAAUUAAUUUAGAUAGAAUUGUAUUUGGUUAUAGUUAUUCAAUGAAUUAUAAUAAAUGUAAUAUUUCUAUCAUAUUUCUAUAUACCUACUUAUUAUUUUGAAAUCGAGAUUUUUUUUACAUAACCUCGAAAUUGUUAUUAAAAUUCUUUGUUGUAAAUGUUACCAAGCAAACAAUACGUAAUUUACAGCUCUAUUCUAGAAGUACAUUUAUAUUUAAUGUUAAGUUUUUACAAGUUAAAGUUAUGAACA